UGUCAAUGGAUUUGUAAACAAUAUGGGAUAUCCCAGGAUAUCCAAGAAUGUAUGGUCAUGGCUGAAAGGCAAUGGGACUCAAUCCCUUCAGCAUGGAACAUCAAAAAUCUAUUGGAAUCAGUCCAGAAAACCUCUCAGCUUGUUCCAGAGAAGACCGCUCAUAUGCUCGACUUACUGGAAAGGAAGAUCUUAAGCAGCAAGAAAAUAAAUGUUGCCUUGAGCCAGAAUAUAAGUGACACAAUCGUCAACUACUUAUUAAAAGUGAAUCUAAAUAAGGAGCAGGAGGAAAGCACUGCUGCUGUCCUACUAGCUUUAGAAGCCCACAGCCCCAAAGUGGUUAUCAAUAAUUUUUGGGACCGAAUGAAGGAGCAAAGCGUGCCCCCGCCAAAUCUUCUUCGGACAAUGGGGAAGCUCAUCCUUUAUGAAGGUAUGGUACCCUACAUUGGUGCUACAUGGAGCUAUAUCCUGCCCCUCCUGAGAAAGGCCCAGACUGAAGAAGAAAGACUGGGAUUAUGUAAUGGUGGCUGAAGAAACCUUGAACACAUUGGGAGACCUCUUCUUUCUCUUAAAACCAACAAAGCUGAACUGUCAAUUAUGCUGGUUAAUCAGUCAUGUUCUGAUGAUGAGCAAAGCAGAUGUGAAGCCCUUCUACAUUAUUCAGUGUCUUUCCCGGCUCCUGGAAGCUGUUGCUGCCGGUGAGUGUGGGAGUGUGAAUCUAGCAUCGAAACUGGACGACCUCGUAGUGCUAUUGUCUUCACAGAUGAUUUGGAAAGUUAUCAAUUCAGAUUCACAUACACUUCAGAAUCACAAUAUGGCCUUGAAGUCCUUCCAUAUUAUGACACGGCUAUGCCACCAAGAGAUGGUCAAAUUGUUCCUGAAGAGCAUGAACUGCAGGGACAUAACCGAGGUGAUAGUAACACUCCACAUCUUCAGAGACGUAUUCCAGGAAGUGCCCCAGACCAUGGAACUAAAGGCUGAAGUGAUGGAGACCAUUAUAAAUUUAAUUAAGGAGAACUCCAAAUCAGUACGCUUGCCUCUACUACAAUUUAUUGAAAAACUAGGUGCCUAUAACUACUUCACCUUGCAACAAGGAGAUGUGGUCAUUAACCAUCUCAUCAAACUCAGUGAGAUUGGAUCCAUAAGUGAUGAGGAAACCCAGGAAUUGUCAGUCAGUAUCCUACAUCUGGUGGCCCUGCUCAAAUUGAUAAAUGUGUUGUGUCAGCCUAUGAGCCCCAUGGCAUUUGUGCCCCUCUGCAAGACUGCCACUGAUGUCGCAUUGAAGGUUCAGGACUUGGGUCAUACCCCCUACCUUGGCAGCCAUCAUUUUAACCCUACUGAAUACCCCUCCCCACAGGUGGUCUUUGUCACUCUGCUAUUUUCAAUUCAUACGUCACUGACCAUUGAUGAUGACGACUGGCUGAAUGAUCUUAUCAAAGCGAUGUUGAAGAAGAUCCAAAGCCUCAAGUGGUCACAACAGGGGAAGGAGAAGUCCUUCUUAUACAGACUCAUUGGCUAUACCCUGAGGGGCUCUGAAGACCAUAGCUUCGUGUCUUUGAUGUUGGCUGAUAUACUAAAUGGUGCUCAAGAGGAAGAGCUGGAAAGAGAUCUGAGGCCCCAGGCUCCAGGAAGGAGGCACAUGUUAGAAAAAGUUAGAGUAUUAGAGCAUAGAAUUUUUGAGCAAGGGCUUCAGACUCUCCAGUCAGGAGUCUUCUUUCAAAAAAAAAUACUUAUUGGUAUCUUUUAUUUUUACAAUCAGCUUCAUUUCCAAGUAUAUUCCUCCCCCUCCUCUAUCCUUUCCGGUGAACCAUGCCUUGUACAAAGAAUAAAUAAGAAACAUAAAGCAGUUCAGCAAAACUAACCAGGACAUCAGCUGAGUCUGGCAAAGGUCCACAUCCACGGUCCUCCAGCUCUGCGAAGAAGGGCGGGUGGUGACCCUUCUCUCCUCUUUGUGGCUAAGCUUGAUCAUUAUGCUUGCGCAACCUCCCGUUCCUUUUUGGUGGUGAUGUUCUUCCCAUCCACGUUGGUCAUGGAUGUUGGCCUCUUGGUUCCGCUGACUUGCCUUUGUGUCAGUUCAUACGUGUCUCCCCACGCUUCUCUGAAUACUUAAUAUUUCUCAUUUCCAAAGGCCCAGUCCUGUUCUGUUGUAUUUACAUAUCACAUUUGGUUUAACCAUUUCCCAAUCAAUGCAGCCAGUGGUUUUCAACAUCUCUGCAGCAGGUGAAGUGUGGGGACUUCACUUUGUAUCAGGUGAGAUCUGGCUAAUCUGAUAACCUAAUCUGCAUUAAUACAUCAAUGCCUACUAAUGGAUAUUGACCAUUGAUCCAAUUGCUGAGGGUUAUAAAGUGGGUAUGGACUACAUAGCACUGGACUUGGAGCCCGGAAGACCUGUGUUCAAAUUCUCCCAC